CUUAUCUAGGCGGUUUCUGAUACCCGGCGUUCGAGAUAUAUCGUCAUACUUUCUCUUGAUGUUCAAUACAAAACAUCAAAUGCCAAAAAUAUACAUUUCUUAUGUAGGAACGUUAGGAUAGAUAGAUACUCAAUGUGUACUAAUUCAGCUACGAGCUUCUUUUACAUACUCUCUAUGUUCCUGCUAGUAAUAGCCACAUCUAGCGUGGGCUCGACAUGGGAACACAGCCCCAUAGCAGACUGCCACUUCUGCAACCUCCACCAGCCCCAACAUCUGAGCACCAUCCCACCAUCUCAGCCCCCGCCAAGAAAAUGCACCAGUCCUGCACAGAAACGUCUGACUCGAGUUCAGUGAACCAUAACCAGGAUUACAACGAUUUUCUUGCAUGGUGGUGAAG